AUGGCACUGCAGCUUGCGAAGCGCGACCUGCGCAAGCGCAUGAAAGAGACUCUGCAGGCACUUCCGAAUGCUGCAAUCACACAGCAAUUUGGGCCGUUUACAGCCACCAUCGCGACGAACAAGUUGCUUUCACUGUCCGAGUAUCACGAUGCCAAGAGUAUUGCUGUUUAUCUAUCCAUGCCCGUGGGGGAGAUAUCGACCCGUAUCAUUGUCCAGGAUGCAUUUCAGCGUGGCAAAGACGUCUAUAUCCCAUAUAUUCAUACAGUCGAUAAAGUUUCCGUGAUGGACAUGUUAGCGCUUGAAUCCUUCAAGGAGUUUGAGGCUUUGACUCCAGAUAAAUGGGGAAUCCCCUCUUUACAAGCUACACAGCUUCCCGGUCGGCGAAAUUGCUUUUCCGGAAAAGGUCUUGAUCUGAUUGUCAUGCCGGGGAUGGCAUUCGACUCUGGCUUUCGGAGACUGGGCCAUGGGAAGGGUUAUUACGACCACUUCCUGAAGCGAUAUUCUCAAUGGAGCAACAAGAUACCUUUUCUCGUGGCCCUGUCUCUCCAAGAGCAGUUGCUCGCGGAGAGUAUUCCCGUUCUGGAACAUGACUGGCUCGUCGAUGCCAUCGUGGUCGGUGAUGGGCAGUACCUGAAUCGCAGGUCGCAGGUCGAACAAUCGACAAAGAAGGUAUAG